AUGACCCAACAGCCUCAACGGACUCAUCCCCUAGAGCUGCCUGCGAUCCUCGAACUCAUCGGGACUUGCCUCGAUGACGACGAAGACAUACCCUCGCUCAAGGCUUGCAGCCUCGUCAACCAUGAGUGGCACCGUCACUUUGCGCCUUUUCUCUGGUGGCGCAUCAUCGACGACUUUGACAGGGUCCUCGUCCGGCUCUUCAAGAUCAAAUUCGCGCCCACUCUGCCUUACGUCGAUCCUGAAGCCCGCCUUGAACAAGAGUUUCUUGCCCUGGUUGAUAACUUUGUCGCCAAAGUCGAUGACCCCACGAUCCCUAUGGCCAUCCAUCGAGAAAGGAGGACUUACAUCAACACCCCGUCCUUGAUGAGCUUCAUUAUUCUCGGAUACCUCUGCAAGCCUGCUAGAGCGAUCGACUUUGACUUUAAUGUGCCUCCCCAAUUCCUGAUAUACGAUGCCAGUGUGGGCCAAAUGGUCGCGCCCGAGAACGUUCGAAUGUCGGAGGAUUACUGGAAUACGGAGCAACGGAUCGAAAGCGUCCUUACCGUGUUGGAAAACAGUCCAUUGUUGGAGACUCUCCGCCUGCGUGACUCGGGUGUGUUCCCGCAGGGCAUCCCACACCAAUGGCGGCAACUAGCACUCCCACUCCCAGCAGCAGCAGAGUGGUCGCUCACAGAAUCGGCGGAGGCGGCGAGCGAACCUCCAAGGUGGCCCAAGUUGCACGCUGCUACUUUUGAGAUGGCUAAGGUCGACCGCCACUACCUCGAGAUCUUUCUUCACAACGCCCCUCACCUUCGGACUUUGCACCUUAACCACAUCAAGAUCCUCAACAUCCAAGGGAAUACGAUACAACGACGCAUCUUGCCCGACCCGGCCGCGCUCGCACUAUGGAGUCGGGACUUGUACUGCUCGGAGGAUUCUACCUAUCCUUGCACUCACAUUGAGGAACUCUCCAUGUUGGCCCUUCGAGGCAUCACGCCCCAGGAACAACUGGAGUUUGCCCUCGGACUCCCGCACUUGAUGUCUUUUACUUUCACGCUGGACCCAAAACUCAAUUCUGUCCAACUCGCCUAUAAGCUAGGCUUUACUCAUCUGACCUCUCUGACACUCUCGGGCACCUUUAACCACGAGGUCUUGAUCCGCGCAGCGAGGCGUCUUGAGUAUCUCCAUUUGACUAACACCACCUUUGUGGACGACGACCUGUUCAAGACGAUCUGUAAACACAGCGAUACCCUUGAGACGAUUUUCAUCACGUCCAGGAUUGGGGCCUUGAACGAAGGACCUGGCCCGCACCGAAUCCUGAGGACCUGCCAUCGGCUCUUGGAGCUCACGCUCUUGUCACCUCGUUUCGACUGUGACCCAGAGAUGUUCAGAGGCCACCCCUGGGUGUGCACAGGUCUCCAAACACUUUUAGUCGUCCCCGAUUGUGAUACUACCGGUUCGACCUCCACACCCUCCCAGGCCCAGACGGCGUUCUUCCAGCAGAUUGCUUCGACAUUGACGGAGUUAAAGAGUCUCAGCUUCGGUGGUGGAACGGGCAGCUUUAAGUUCAAGCCCCAUGAAGGGUUGAUGCUGCUGACACCGUUGAAGGAGCUGGAGUUGUUGAAUUUGAAGUCCAAGUCGUUGGAUUCCAAUGCAGAGUUGACGGUCGAGCAUGCCAAGGUGGUUGUGAGCGAGUGGCCAAAGCUUAGGGCCAUUGAGGGCUUGUAUCAUUACAUGUGCCGAGAAUUUAUUAGCUAUGUCCAGGAGCACCGUCCUGAGGUUAAGUUUCCAUUCUAG